CUCUAACUUUAUUAUAGUACCCUUUUUGCAUAAAAACCAAUCCUUUUUUGUAUAUUUACUCUCUUUUCUGUGUACUGCUUUUAACUCACAUAGAAAAAUCCGAUAAAACUGAGUUCUUGCAGCCAUGGCUGGAAGAAAAAGAAGAAAAAUGAAGUUGUUAGCUGCAACAGCUCCAAAUAAUGGCGGUGCUUCGGCCGAGGAGCGUGAAGGAGCUGAUGAGCAAAACUCACUGUUUUGUGUACCGAUUGAAAUUCUAGAACAGAUUCUCUCCCGGUUAAACUUGAAGGAAAACAUCCGUGCUUCUGCUGUUUGCAAGAAAUGGCUUGCUGCCUCGGUUUCUGUACGAGUCGCGAAUAAAGCUCCUUGGCUUAUGUUCUUCCCGAAAUUCGGUGACUUGGUUGAAUUCUAUGACCCUUCGGUAAGGCAAACUUAUUCGGUCGAGUUACCAGAGUUACGUGGCUCAAGGCUUUGUUAUUCCAAAGAUGGCUGGUUGCUGUUAUACAAACCGAGAACUUUACGUGUGUUUUUCUUCAAUCCGUAUACGAAGAACGUGAUCAAUUUGCCAAGACUAGAAUUAACAUACCAGAUCGUUGCUUUUUCUGUAGCUCCGACUUCUCCUGACUGUAUUGUUUUCACAGUUAAGCAUAUCAGCCCGACUUUGGUUGCGAUUAGCACGUGUCAACCGGGGGCCACCGAAUGGACGACUGCCAAUUACCAAAACCGUUUGCCAUUUGUUAGCAGCAUUUGGAAUAAGUUAGUUUUCUGCAAUGGUUUGUUCUAUUGUUUGAGUCUUACUGGUUGGUUGGGAGUUUAUGAUCCCGAAGAACAUAGUUGGCUUGUUCGUGUGGUCCCGCCUCCGAGAUGCCCCGAGAACUUUUUCGUGAAGAAUUGGUGGAAAGGAAAAUUCAUGGCGGAGCACAACGGAGAUAUCUAUGUGAUAUACACCUGCUCGACUGCAAAUCCGGUGAUAUAUAAGUUAGACCAAAUAAAUAAAAUUUGGGUGGAGAUGCAAACUUUAGGUGGUGUGACGCUUUUUGCGAGUUUUCUUUCGUCUCAAGCAAGGAUAGACAUUCUUGGGGUGAUGCGAAAUAGUGUUUAUUUUUCUAAAGUUCGUUUUUAUGGAAGGCGUUGCAUAUCGUAUUCGCUCGAUCAUGAUAGAUACUACCCGCGAAAGCAGUGUUAUGAUUGGGGAGAACAAGAUCCUUUCGAGAGCAUUUGGAUUGAUCCACCGGAGGACCUUUAGAUCUUUGCCUGAAAAGAUUUGUGACAAAGGGCCUCAAAUACAAGGUCCGAUCUUCAAACAGCUGCAGAGUAGUAAGAAAGUGAAACAGUUGAUUCAGAUGUACCGCUAAAUGUUGUCAAAGUUUGGAGGCAUGAUAAAGAGCAGGGUUCUAAUCAUGUUGUCUGUCAAUUUUAUAGUGCUUUAUAAGUUGUCAUUUAAGGAUUUUCCUUCAGUGGGUAGGAAGUGUUCUUUCUUUGUGUAGAUAACUUUUUAGCUAAUGUUGUUGUUGAAUUUGUAGAAGUUUUAUUUCAAGCUGAGGACUAAUAAGAACAUUUAGUUACUUCUAUCUUCA